ACGCAUGAUAUGGAGGCUCCAUUAGCACAUUAUUUCAUAUAUACUGGGCACAAUUCGUAUCUAACUGGCAAUCAAAUAAGCAGUGAUUGUAGCAUUGUACCAAUUAUUGAAUCCCUUAAAAGGGGUGUUCGUGUUGUCGAACUCGACAUGUGGCCCAAUUCUAACAAAGAUGAUAUUGACAUCGUCCAUGGAGGGACACUAACAGCGCCUGUAACAUUAGACAAAUGCUUAGAAGCCAUUAAAACAUUCGCGUUUGUCACAUCCGAAUAUCCGGUUAUCCUCACUCUUGAAGAUCAUCUUACUCCUGAUCUUCAAGCCAAAGUUGCUAAGAUGGUAACCGAGACAUUUGGAGAUGUGCUAUACAAGUACACUGGAUCCGACCCUAUGAAAGAUUUUCCUUCCCCGGAAUCGUUGAAGAAACGGAUUGUUGUCUCAACAAAACCACCAAAAGAGUAUCUGGACACCACCAAGAGCAUGAAAGAAAAUGAUGAAGGGUCGGUAAAUGUUAAAGCCUCGUCUGAGGAGGAUGUAUGGGGUGUAGAAUUAUCUGACCCUCUUGAGAAACAUGCAUUCUUAGAUGAGGAUGAUAAUAAGGAUGAAGAUUUUCAAGAUGAAGAAGAGAUUGUGAAACAAAAUGUGGAGUCGGAGUACAAGCAGCUGAUAGCAAUACAUGCAAAGAAACUAAACGGAGGCGUGAAAGACUGGCUACAGGACGAUCCUACAGCAGCUAAACGUAUUAGCUUAAGGGAAACAAGACUCGAAAAAGCCAUUGAGAAUCAUGCAAAAGAUGUCAUUAGGUUUACCCAAAGGAACUUGUUAAGGAUAUUCCCGAAAGGCUCACGAGUAGACUCAUCAAAUUAUAAUCCUUUAAUUGGUUGGACUCAUGGGGCUCAAAUGGUUGCAUUUAACAUGCAGACCCAUGGUAGGUCAUUGUGGUUGAUGCAAGGACUGUUCAGAGCUAACGGAGGCUGUGGAUAUGUGAAAAAACCAGAUAUGUAUCUUAAAAAUGGCCCUGAUGAGAAGAUCUUUGAUCCUAAAUCAACGCUUCCGGUGAAAAAGACUCUCAAGGUUAAAGUGUAUAUGGGGGAUGGGUGGCAUUUAGAUUUCAAAAGAACACAUUUUGACAUUUAUUCACCACCAGAUUUCUAUGUCAAGGUCGGAAUUGCUGGAGUUCACGCUGAUUCAGCAAUGAAGAAAACGAAGAUCAUACAAGACGCUUGGACACCAAAAUGGGAAGAAGAGUUUGAGUUCCCAUUGACGAUUCCAGAGCUUGCAUUGCUUCGUGUUGAGGUACAUGAAUACGACAUGACUGAGAAGGAUGAUUUUGGAGGUCAAACUUGUCUUCCUGUGUUUGAACUCAGGUCAGGGAUUCGAGCUGUACCUCUUCACGAUCAAAAGGGUGAUAAAUACAAAUCUGUGAAGCUUCUUAUGCGUUUUGAGUUUUCAUAAGUUGUAACUGAGUGCCCGCUAUCUGCAGUUUGCUUACAUGAUAUGUCACAACGUAUGUUUUAUGUGAAUGUUUAAGCAAUGUAAAACUUUAUGAAUGUAUACAAUUAUCGAUUAAAAUAACAG